GCUGUGUGUAAAUUUGGGUAGACAUAGAAUGGUUUUUAUGUUCCUCGAAUAUUCUGUGUUAUAUUGUUCAAUAGAAGAUGGAUUCAAAACGAAUCCUAAUUAUAGGGAAGCCAAAAUCUGGUAAACUAACAUUUGUUAAAGCUUUGACGGGAACUUUACCUAGAGGAUUGAGCUUGACAUCAAGCGAAACAUCACAUGCUGGUUUGACGCAUGAAUAUACAUUGAGAAAUAAAUACUUUCAAAGAGAGGUUGGAAUAUGGAUUGACGAAUACACGGACUUGGAAGAAACACUGGAAGCAUAUGCUUCCCAGGAUGCUAAUGAAGUUAUGAAUGCCAUUAGUGUCAUCGUCUAUACAUUCCGCAGAUUUGAACCCCAAGAAUGGUCUUUGUGGAAUAAAUUUAGUGAAAAUCUGGAAAAUACUAUUCCCAUCAUUGGACUUCAUAUGGAUAGCUCAUCCAUGACGAGGCCUCCUGAGAGCUUAAACCCUGAGUAUGUAGUAUUGUCCCAGACGGGAAAGAAUGAGUUUGGAGAAAUGUUGGGUUUUGAUCGUGUUUUGGAUAUUUUCAAUUGUUGCGAAUGGGACCUCUAUCAUAAUGAGAAUACCUUAGAAGACACGGAAAAAGAAGCAUCCAAUACAGUGCCAUAUAGAGAUUCCUCGAUGUCUCUGAAUGAUUCAGAUUUGAAUUCUCUCGUUAAUCAAGCAAAACAGCUUCGAGCGUUAAAUUUAGAUGUGCAAGAAAGGAAAAAGCAGGCGAUGUCAAUCAUCAAUUCUUUAGUGGAUGAAGAAUUUCAAGAAUCAGAUCUAGAUUCAUGUUGACAAUUCGGCUCAUUAUAUCUCCAUUUUCGCUCCAUUUACCCAAAAAUAGAAAUAUAUAUAUAUAUAUAUAUAACGAGAGUAAACAAAUAAAUAUUAACAUAAAACC